CAUAGGUCAACUGAGUCUGAAUCCUGAACUUUCUUUUUUAUUUUUCCGAGAUACAAAGCACUUUUUCUAAAGAAAUUUUUGGUUUUUAAUUUGUAAACAAAAAAAUAUCGAUAGUUUUAAUCUUAUCGAUUGUGGAUUGAGCGGGUUUCGAGUACGGAUCGAGUCACUCAACUUGAGUGAAAUUAAAAUAAAUAAAACAAGAGGUUCUCGCGAUGUCUAUUUAUCUACUAUGUUUAACAACAAACGGCGGCUUGCCCGUGUUUACCAGAAAAAAGGGCGAAUGCGACAACCUUCCGUUUUCAACUGUUGCUUCUCUAAACGGCUUUCAUAUGUUUUUCAAGUCGUUGGGAAUCCAACUGGAGGGGACGAGCACCACAAAGCCACCGCCUCAGAAUCAGGGUGCAGUCGAAGCUGAAGAGUGGACUUACAUAUGGAGGGAUCACAACGCUGUCACCCUGAUUGUCUGUGGCAGCGGGCUUGGAUCGGAGCAGGUUCUCCAGACAUUAGCGGAUCUGGUUUUUGGAGCCAUUUCUAUGUUCAUCACUCGUACUGCUGAUAUGGCACACGCCGCAUUGCUCGAUCGGUUAAAGAAGGAUGCCAAGAAAUACGUACCCAUAGUGGAUGCAAUUUUGGAGGCGGCAUGUGCCGGCACACAGCUACUCGGCUACACCGACUGUUUGCUGGCUGCAGAGAACGCAGCACUCCUGCAGAGCCUCAAUGAGUUUAGUGGACACUGUGGCUCCUUAUUCUGCUGCCUGGUGGUGGGCCAUCGCAUCGCUGUAGCCACGGAGGGCUGGUGGGAUCUUGACACUAGAGAUCGGGAGCUGUUGCUCUUCCUCCUUAACUCUUCCAGCACAUUGCAGCAUGAUCUGCCUGUUUACUUGCCUGUGAAAAGCCCCAAUAUAGCGUACAGGUUUGUGAGCAUACCUGUAGCGCCGAACAGUGCCUUGUGUGUUUUAUGUGGAGCGGAGAACGCCUCCUUCCGGGAGUUGCAUGCGCAUGCCAUCAAUGUGUAUCGCAACGAGGGCAACCUACUGGCCGCCGCAGAACGAUGCAUGCCCAGAAGCCUGCCGGAACACCUGGAUAUUGACGGCAAUGUGCUGGCCAUCAUACUGAUUAAUCGACACACGCGAAAGAGUCUUUUUACAAGAAACCUCAAUCAAGCUGCGAGCGCUAAGCGCAUUAUCGUGGGCGAGCUUCAGCGCCUGGACAUUCUGAAGAAAUUCUUCGACCAGACCAUGGAGGCAGUGCACAUGUUUGAAGCACAAAGCUCGAGCAACAAAGCUGCCCUUUUGGAUCAGUAUAGCUGCACGGACUACCACAAGUGUUAUGCUACCGCAGAUGAGAACGGCAAUGUCCUGUUUCUAUUAUUUGUCGCAGCAGUGCCAACACAUGCAAUGAAGUUUUUGGCCCAACGAAUCCACGGAAGUAUUCUCCAAGAAAAGUCUGUGUGCUGGUGAACCAGAUGUACUUUAUGUUUAUUUCUAAAGACUGAUAUUAUUCUUAAGAUGGGAUUAGGGACAAUAAUACUCUUUUUAGAGUUAUACUUUUUAAGAUGAAUCCGUCCAUUUUCAGAUAAACAAAAAAAAAGUCUGAAAGUCUGAUAUGUAAUUUUAUAUUUACAAUAAAAAAAGGCCUUCCAUUAGGAUAAUAGCUAAAUAAUUAA